AUGGCUUCUAAGGAUACCAAGGCUCUUCAAAGCCUGCCCCUCCGUCCCCUUGAGGACGUCAAUGACUCCCACCAGUCGGCUGUUGGCAGCGGUGGAGCUAGCUUGACUGGUCCUCAUCAGGUUAUAGGCAAUGAACCGGACCCUACUCACCAGGAAGCUGCCGAAGCAGGAAUGCCUACUGUGACUGAUCCUAUGGAGGUCACUGACAACCAAGCCAACUCCUCCCAUAAACCGCGUCUUGACGACGGAGAAGCAACUAUAACCGAUUCCGUCAAGACUGCAGGUAGUGCGGCCAUGUCUAAGCUGCAGACAAAAGUUGACAGUGGAGAAUCGUCCCUGCUUACUCCUGUUCAGGCUGCAGAAGACCAAGCUGACUCUACCUCUCAGCCAGCUGCGGGCGAUGGUGACACUACCUUGACUCAACCUAACCAGGCUGCAGAUGAACAAGCUAAGUUAGCCAACUCUGUGCAUUCGUCUAUUGUUGACGAAGAGAAAAAUAUGGCUACUGUGGACUUAGUUGCGCCCAAGAAAAAGAAAAAGAGAAAGCCUAAGUCUAAAGCCAAGCACGGAAAGGGCAAGCCUACCGGUUUUGAGGAGUACUAUGUCGAUGCACCCAUCACUCCAAAGGAGUAUGAGGAAGAGAAAGAGCUCUAUGACAUACCUCUUAUCCAUCGCAUUGAGGCCGCCAUCCUGCGAUACCAGAACAAUCGUCGCAUGGAUCCUGAGAGACGCGAGGUGUUCAUGAGUGAGCAAGUUCUUAUUGCAAAGGGACAGGCGAACAUCCGCCAGGAGUGUACAAAGCUUACAGUCGACUUCAACACUGUCGUGAAGGGAUACCUGACCUCCUACUUCCCAUACUUUUUCAAUCCUGAAACCGAGGACAUGGUGAAGCUAGCCACUGUCACGAUCCGAAAUUUCCUCUCCUAUCUCCUCUACCAUGAGGUGUGCCCCGAGUACAAAGAGAAUAUCGAAGAGGCGCGCAGGUCGUGUGACAUCGCAGCCAAAGAACUGUGGCAGAAUCAGGAGUUCGCAACCUCCAGCCCCGGAGAUUUCAACAAGGCCUGCUCUACGCUCUUCGGUGGCUUCUUCUACGAUGUGAAUGUCGAGGAAAAUAAUUGGAAUAACCGAAAGAACGGAAACUUUCUAAUGAGAAACGACGUCGCGCGUAAAGUGGUCAAGUUCGCGAUGGCUGGUUCAGGAACAAAUGCCAUGGCCCUUCGAUUCCAGACGUUGGCUAACCAGAGUACAUUGCAUUCGACGCUUGUGCCAGAUAUUCACGGCUUCGAGGUGAUUACAGUCUUCCCUCCCACGCCAGAGAUUCGUGAAUUCUACAGAAAACACGCACCUGACCUCAACCCUGUUGGACGAAUGGUCGGUAAAGCGUACCGUGAUCCUGGAAAGCCUUGCUAUGAUCUAAGUGCAGAGGAAAGACUGUUAUGGGAAACUGGGACUGCUUCAAUGCCUGAUUUUCAAUUUUUCCUGGAAGAAAAUCUGCUCAAGCUCUGUUAUCCCAAGAUGAAAGUGAUCACUCCGGUGUGGGAACUCAACUGCGGAUUUAACUUCUUUGAAGACGUUCAUACUGUUUACAGCUCAAUCUACACUGUUCUCUGCAACGAUCUUAUGCUGGGCUAUAAGCAGUCGGUUGACUUGACUGGAAAAGAACAGGACGAUGCUGAGGAGAUCGAGGAGUCGAACGGUACUGGUGUUGAGAAGAACGAGAUAACACUGUAA